AUGCUGGUCUCUUCUCCUGGCGCUGUCGCCGCUCUCGUCGCUCUCUCCUCACUUGGAUCGGUCGCCGCCUCGACCCCUCACAACCGCCUCGAGAAGCGCUCCAUCCAUGCUCGCGCCGCCUCCUCGAGUCUCGCAGCGAAGGAGACCUUCGCCGGUCGCAAGAUGCGCUCGUCGGACAAUGCCGCGGGCGGUAUUAAGAUCCCUCUCUCGAGGAAGGAGACGAUCUCGACUCGCAAGUUGCGCAAGGACAACGGCGUCGUCGACCUCUCGAACCUCAUGAACGCCCUCACCUUCGCCAAGGACAAGUACACGUCGGGUUGCUCGCGCAUCUACCGCCAGACGGGCAAGAAGCUUCCUGGCUUUCAGCUGAAGGCCUACGAAGCGUGGGCCAAGAGCGCUCUUGCACCGCUCAACACGCUCCUCGGCAUCGACAAGCGCCAGCAGGACACCUUGACCAACUACCAAGACGGGUCUCUCUGGGGCGGACCCAUCGAGAUUGGCACGCCGCCGACGUCCUUCACGAUCGAUUUCGACACCGGCUCCGCCGACCUCUGGGUCCCAGGCCCGUCCGUCCAAGGAUACGACACCUUUGACCCAUCCAAGUCGUCGACGGCGACGCCAACGAACCAGACGCUUGUCAUCUCGUACGGCGACGGUUCGAACGUGAUCGGACCUGUCUACAAGGACACGGUCUCCGUAGCAGGACUCGCCGCGAAGGGCCAGGCGUUCAGCCCGGUGUCGGGCAUGGGCGCAAGCUUCCAGGGCACCCCAGUCGACGGCAUCAUGGGCAUGGCGUUCGAGUCGCUCUCCAACAUCGGCCAGAAGCCGUUCUUCCAGAACCUGUACGAGCAGGGCGGCGUCAAGCAGAACCUCUUCUCGUUCGCUCUCGGCGACGCGAACGACGGCGAGCUCUUCCUCGGCGGCGUCGACGACUCGAAGCACUCGGGACUCGUCGUCUACACCCCCGUCAUCCAGCCAGGCUACUGGAUGGUCCUCGGCACCGCCUACGCGAACAGCAUCCCGACCGCCCUCCUCAAAAACAUGAUCAUCGACACCGGCACGACUCUCAUCAUCGGCCCUCGUACCGACGUCGCCCACUUUUUCGAAAAGGUCCCGCAUGCCCGCCGCUUCAGGGAGGGUUACUACAUGUACCCCUGCUCUCAGUCGUGGACGGCAGACUUUGAGUUUGGCGGUGUCAAGUACUCCAUCCCGUCAGAGUACCUGAACCUCGGCCUCACUGCGGAAGGCAGUCGCUACUGCGUUGCUGCCAUCGUCGGACAGGACAUUGGUGUCGACGCCUGGAUCAUCGGUGACGUCUUCCUUCGCUCCGUUUACACCGUCUUCAACUUCGGCCUCAACUCCGUUGGCUUCGCCCCGCGCGCCUAA